AUGUACAGCAUGGACGCGUUCAUGGAGUUUGAGCGCGAGCUUGCGAAGAAGCGCCGGGCCGAGCAGCCUCCGCAGGCGCCCAAGACGCUGCGCCUCGAGCCGCCCGUGAAGCCCCAAGACGACGAUUGCUGCAACCUCAACUGUCCCAACUGCGUGCUGCUCGUGUACCAGGAGCAGCUCAUGGAGUACGAGGACAGCGUGCGCUGGAGCGAGAUGGGCGACCAGGCGACGCUGCCGCCGCCAUCGCCCGUCGACACCAUCCUCACGAUGGCAGAGACGACGAGCCUCGAAACACUCGACGUCGCGUAUCUACCACGCGACGUGGCGCUGCUGCCCGUGCGCAUCAAUACCGAGCUCGGCUCGCCCCGCGUUCGCCACAUUGAAGUCGACAUUCGCACGCCGUACGAGACAGCCGACAACCUCGUUGUGCACAUGCGCAACGCGGACAGCGCGGUCGCCGCCUGUGCGACGCGGCUCAGCGUGAGCCUGGACACCGUGCUCCGCGUCGAUGCCUGCGCCAACCUGCCGCCGACCUACCUCGGAGCUUGGACGACAGUCGCGACCCUCCUCACGUGGGCCGUGGACUUGACGUCGCCGCUGCGGCCGCGCCAUUUGCGCUUGCUGGCGGCGUACGCUGGAAACGCCGCCGACCAAGCAGCAGUGCUGGCGCUGGCGCAGGCAUGGGCCAACGACGGCGACGCCCCGAACGUGGUCGAUCUGCUGUCGCAGUUUGCGUCGAUGUCGCUGUCCCUCGACGCCCUUCUUGCCGUGGCGCCAUCGCUGCCCGCGCGGCAAUACACGAUCGCAUCCUCGGCGGCGGCGCAGCCGUCAACGCUCGCGGUCGCUGUGAGCCUCAAGUCGCGCGGCCGUUGCGCUAUGUACAUGGCAGCUGCGUCGUCGCACCUGUUUGGCUACGUCAAGCGCUCGGGCUUUAGCGAGCAGCUGCAUUCAAACGCACCGCUGCUGUGCAUUGGCACGGGCACGGGGAUUGCGCCGUUCCGGGCGAUCGCACAGGAGCGACUCCAUGACAGUAUUACGCGUAAAUGGCCACCGAUGGUGCUCUUCCACGGGUCCCAGCGCCGCGAUAUGGACUGGCUGUAUCACGCCGAGUUGGAAGCGGCAGCGACGACCGGUGUCCUCGCUGGGUACUACCCCGUCUUCUCGCGCGACCCAAGCACGGAAAAGCAAUAUGUGCAAGAUGCGUUGGUUGCCCGCGCCAGCCUCGUGGCCAAGGCUCUGGUUGACGACAAGGCGACCGUUUGCGUCUGUGGGUCCUUGGCCAUGGGCCGGGACGUCAAGCACGCGCUCGUGGCCUGCCUCGUGGCCGCCAACGGCUGGACGGACGACGCCGCCAAGGCGUUUAUCUCGCGCCUCCAAGACGACGGCAAGUACAUAGCCGAGGUGUGGUAA